UAGCGGAAAUCCUGCCAGGAGUUCACCCCCAACUACUUUCGUCCCUUCCCUCCGUCCCUCACCUUCCCUCCUCCCUUCCCCCUUCCUUCCUUUCUACUUUUUUCAACUUUGGAGCACGGCUUUCUGGCAACCCUUAACUACUACAGUUGCGCAUCUGGCAUGUCUGGAGUCACAGCAAAGAUUUCCCAACUUAUAUUUUGUCCAAGGUAUCCACCGCAAACGGCAGGUAUAUAUUAAACGCUGAAAGGGAGGUAGGUGUUAUCAAUGAUACCCAAUCACUCGAUGUCAAGGUCCUGGUGCUAUUCUGGUGCGCUCAAUGGGACGAAAGAUUCUGGGCCUUGGGUAGGAGACUUGAGGAUGCAGAUCUGGUGUUGUCUUGCAGCACCAGAGUUCCGGGACCCAACAGGAACAGAGGUAUUCCCCAGCGGAGGGCCGAGCCCAGGCACAGCGGUGCGCUCCGCCUCUCCGUUGAGCCGUCACUGCCUCGUUGCAGGACAACCCCCACCCCCGCCGCGCCCCUGGAAGGAUCUGGGUCGAGCUGAGUCUCUGAGGAGAGGUGUAAGGGAUAGAAAUCACCAGAACAAAGCUCGGCCUGGGGGUGCAUCCGUGGGUAUCCCUGUACUCUCUUCAGGAGCGGGUCUCCACGCUGCGCUAGCGGAUCCCAGGCACCCGGCCUGCAGUGGCCAUUCUCUCUUUGCACCCUCGCUUCUCGGCCAGUGAGGUCAAGAGGAGUAGCAGGCUUUGUCCUCCCUCCACGGGGUAAGGGGCGUGGAAAACAUAGAUCCCCCGUGGCUCGGUGAGCUAAAGUCGGCCUGGUUGUGAGCCAAGGCUAGGGGAUUAUUUUUUUUUCCCCCGCUAUUGUUAUUAUUGGUGAUAUACUCAUUCAUCGCGGCCUCCCCUCCCAGCUCUCGGGCUGUCACUGCCUGCGUGCCACCAGCCUCUCCAGCCCCUAGCGCGUAGGAAGCGGCCCCCUACAGGCCUGCGCGCUCCCCCUCCUGGCGAGCCUUUUCUUCCGGCUGGGAGUGAGGGAGCAGGCCGGGAGGAGGUUAGAAGGCUUUAGGUCUGGUCUUGGCCGGUGAGGACUAGGGACGCCUGGCACUGGGUUGACCACCGCAGGACAGUUGUGGGAACCCGGCACAGUAGCGCUGCAGCAGUUGCACUUGCGACGCCCCUGUUCUCCCGGUUCUCCUCCACCUGCACCUUUGUCACCUUCAGGUGGCUUCAGAGCCUCAAAGAGGGGGCAGUGGGAAGUCUCUUGGCUCCUCAGAGCCUGAACUCCAAGAGAGCAUCAUGUGCUGCAUGAAUCUCUACUCACAGGAUCCCAUUUGUCAACUCUCAAGCUCUUUUAGAAUCCUGUGAACAUUUGCCAAAGUUUUUUUUUUUUUUUUUUUUUUUUUUUUGAAAGAGAGGGUUGUGGCUUCUUCCUAGGAACAGAGACAUCAGCAUUUGCUCUCAUGCCUAACGCCACUGAAGCUGGAAAAGCCACUGAUUCUGGACAUGGUGAGCACACAUCUGAGAACAAGUCACCAGAGGAGAGUCUACAAGGUGCUGUACCAUCUUUCUACACAAGUGCCUCAGGAGCACCCGUAGGCCCCCGAGGAGAUGGGCAUUAUCCAUCGAGUUGUCCAGUGACUCAUACUCGAGAGAAAAUUUAUGCCAUCUGCUCAGAUUAUGCCUUCCUCAACCAGGCAACAUCAGUCUACAAAACUCCUAGCCUAGCCCACUCUGCUUGCCUCCCUGAUAACACCUCUCUUUCUGCUGGAAAUAGUACAAGAUACAUUGGAAUCUCAACUAGUACAUCAGAAAUAAUCUGUAAUGAAGAAAAUAACUUGGAAAACUUAUCCACUAGCAUGGGCAAGCUACCUCUAGCAUGGGAAAUUGAUAAAUCUGAAUUUGAUGGGGUGACUACAAAUUUGAUACAUAAAUCAGGCAAUGUAAAGAAACAAUUUUCCAAGAAGAAACCAUCGGAUAAAAAAGGGCGGCAUCAGAGGGAAUGUAUCCACUAUUCUCCUCUUGAUGAUGUUAAACAACGCAAAGUGUUAGACCUUAGGCGAUGGUACUGCAUAAGCCGACCACAGUACAAGACUUCAUGUGGUAUCUCCUCAUUGAUUUCUUGUUGGAAUUUCUUAUACAGCAUAAUGGGAGCUGGGAAUCUCCCACCUAUUACCCAAGAAGAAGCAUUACAUAUUUUGGGCUUCCAACCCCCAUUUGAAGAUAUUAGGUUUGGCCCUUUCACUGGAAAUACAACACUCAUGAGAUGGUUUAGACAAAUUAAUGACCACUUUCAUGUGAAAGGAUGCUCUUACGUUCUAUAUAAACCCCAUGGAAAGAACAAAACAGCUGGAGAAACUGCUCCAGGGGCCUUAUCAAAGUUGACCCGAGGAUUGAAAGACGAGUCACUGGCUUAUAUCUAUCAUUGCCAAAAUCAUUAUUUCUGUCCAAUUGGCUUUGAAGCAACCCCUGUGAAAGCUAAUAAAGCAUUCAGGGGGCCCCUCUCUUCACAAGAAGUAGAAUACUGGAUUUUAAUUGGAGAGUCAAGUAGAAAACAUCCUGCCAUUCACUGUAAAAGAUGGGCAGAUAUUGUCACUGAUCUAAACACUCAAAAUCCAGAAUUCUUAGAUAUCCGACAUCUAGAGAGGGGGCUGCAGUUCCGGAAAACAAAGAAGGUUGGAGGAAAUUUGCAUUGCAUCAUAGCAUUCCAGAGACUCAGUUGGCAAAGAUUUGGCUUUUGGAACUUUCCAUUUGGAACCAUUACACAAGAAUCACAACAUCCCACACAUGUCCCGGGAAUUGCCAAAUCUGAGAGUGAGGACAAUAUCUCUAAGAAGCAGCAUGGGCGCCUGGGCAGGUCCUUCAGUGCAAGUUUCCACCAGGACUCAGCAUGGAAGAAUAUGUCUAGCAUCCACGAGAGAAGGAACAGUGGCUACCACAGCUUUAGAGAUUAUAAUGGCAAUGACUGACCAUGCCAAAACUUAGCCACUGGUGUUACCCACACAGCUGUUAUGUACAGGACUGCAUUAGGACAUCAGCUGGUUUUAUUAAGUCUAUCAAUAGGAACAGAUUUUGUUACAAAACAUACCCUGUAGUUCUCUAGUUAAAAAGGCCUACAUAGGAUUACUAUGGUUGGCUUCAAAUAUAGAGGCAGGUAAGCACAGAAUUCUGCCCUUCUAAAGUUAAAAGUAGAUAAGCAAUCUGGACAAAGGGUUUCACAAAAUCCAAUACAAUCAAAACGGCUUCAAAGCAAAAACAAAAUGCACUUAACAGCAUCGAAACUUGAACUACUUAAGCAUGAAGCAAUUUAUUGAAACUUGACCCCUAGUCAUUUAUUACAGAUACUUUAAUUCCUAAGGCAUCAUCUGUCCUUAAAAAAUGGGGGUGGUCAAGGUCUAGUUUUUGCUCAUGGUUAAAACUAAUUUAAAAUUAUCUUUCUAGUCUAGUUGUUCUUCCAGUGCUAACAGUAUACACCUCACAUUGUUGCUUUCCUGAAUAACUCUCAGGAUUCUCCAAAAAGAAGCAGAAAAUACUCAAGAAACUGACAUUUUCUAAUAGGUGCAGAUGGGUGACUUAGGUCAUUGAUCCUGAUACUCUUGACUUGGCACGUGGUUGUGAAAUAGUUACAAGAAGAAUAUAGGUCUGGAGCGAAGUCUGAUGUUCUAGAACAAACCUUGUUUCAGGGAUAUAGUUACAGAGCACUUGGCAUCCAAAGUUUCUAUAUCCACGGUAAUAUGUGCUGUGAGAUGUCACAUUUGACUUGUUUCUUAAUGGAGUCAUGUGUUAACAACAACACUGAAGACAUGUUGGCAAUGUCCAGCUCAUUCUGAGGAAAACUUUGUAUUUUCAACUCUGAGCCGUUUCCUUUUGUGAAACAUCCAAGCAAUUAGGUGUUUAAAGUGUGUGUUACAUAUUUUGGAAGUGUGAAUCCAAUACUUGAGCUCCUCUUUAGCUGCUGUUCUUUUCCUUUUGCUGCCAAGGUGUGACUCAUAUGCUGUUAUUUCAUGUCGUAGGUUUAUUCCAGGAUUCAAAUCAGUAACUUGGUGAUUACAAGGUGCUGAGUAUGUUGGAACCAUUGCAAUACACCUCAAAGGGAGGUUUCAGAUUUUGACUUUUUAAAAAAAAUUUUCAUUUUUCUCUUGAAUUUCAUAUCCAUCUAUCCACUCAUCUAUGUUUAGCCUACAGAAUUACAAAAUAGUCCUGUUUCUGAAGAGAUUAUUUAGCUUGAAAUGUAAAGGACUGAAAGAUUUGUAGGUGUUGAUUUUGUUACUUCACACUGGAACUUUGAAAAUGUUUUCAUCAAAUAAAGUUUUGUUUUCUACUUUUAAUCCUAUCAAUUUUAAUGUCUAUGUUUAAGUUAGAGUGUAUUCUUGUAACCGUGUGAAGCAUAUAAUAAUUUGUUAAUUCCAUGUAAUCAGUGUUAUAAGAAACAUCUUACAAUUUUUAUAGUCUCUGAAACAAUGUGAAAAGUCACUAACUUCCACUCCAUGCUUGCUACUUUUCAAGUACUUGAACACCGAUUCUCUAACACUUCACAACGUGAUUUGGAAAUUUUCUUAUAUUAAUUUCAAAAAAACAAGGUUGGAAUUUUUGUGAUUCAAGCAUAUUUUCAAUAUAAACUGUUUUUAAUAGUUCAAUUGAGUAUUUCAAAGAAAUAGGUUUGAAGAGCUAAGAGGAAAGAAUACAAAUGCAAAAUAAAAUAUAAACCUUAAGAACAAAGUGACAGCUGGGAAAAUAAGAUGAAUUUAUUUCCUGUAUA